GUCCGUGACCUUCGAGGAUGUGGCCGUGACCUUUUCCCGGGAGGAGUGGGGGCAGCUGGGCCCGACCCAGAGGACCCUGUACCAGGAGGUGAUGCUGGAGACGUGUGGGCUCCUGGCGUCCCUGGAUGCCACAGGGGGGAAGCUGGCCCUGCCUGGUCGUGUCAUGUGUCCCACAGUCCUGGAGCAGGGUCGUGGGCUAUGGGCCGCUCUCGAGACGGAUUCCUGAGGCUUGGGCCACGAUCCUUGCCAGGGCAGGAGUCAGAAGGCACGCAGGAAUGUCCGAGGCACAGGUGGUACCCCAAAAACCCAGUACUUUUACCUGUUCUGUCGGGAUGCUGUUCGUCAAGAGAACGUCUCGGAUCACUGUUUAGGGUUCCGUGCUCCUUCCUUUUGACCAGUUCCUCUCGUCGCUGUGGGCACGGCCUCCAGCUCCCAGCCCUGGGCAGUGUGCAUGAGCUUGCUGGGACUUUAAUGGUGUGUUUUUUUGAUUCAUUGUUGUGUUUUAACAGUAACCUUCCAUUUGUCAGAACUGAAAGUGACUUUUCUCAUUUACCAAAGCAAAACAGGGCCCCCUUUUAGAAUAAAAUUUUAAGAAAAAUGGGGACUUGGGUCAAGGACAAUCCAUCAGUGACGGUGGUUCACGCCGUAUGCUGUGCACACCCAUCAGCCUGAGUUUAGUGGGGAAGGUAGGUGUCCAUUCUUAGAUGAAUUGUGAUGAGUUGUCGAAAGAAAACUAAAGGGGCUUCAGGUUAAAGCCGGUCAUGAGUGCUUCAAAAAAGGCAUCUCAGGGAAGGACGUUGGAGCUGGGAACUCGAAGGCUGUGAGCCAGCGGGGAGGGGGCUUCCAGGUGCAGGAAUCAGCCCCAGGAAAGGCCCUGAGGUGACAGGGCCCGAAGAAUGCCUGUCGCACUCUGCCUGCCUCCGCUCCCUGAGCCCAGUGCUGGUAGGGGGCAGGCACAGCGCGGGGACUGUGACUGACACCUGUCUGAGCAAACCCUCGGCUGUGGAGCAGAACCGGCCAGAGGAGAGGUUGGUAGGCCCUGCUGCCCCCAUCACCGGACUUGUCCCCAGAACCCUCCCGCCUCCGCUGAGACGAAUGCGGCUGCGUGGAAGAGAAAACCGACUGGAACUGGCUUCCUCGAAGGAAAUUCUCCGCCUCACCUCAGAGAGGCCCAAGUGGGGCCGCGGGGCUGGCGGGCGGAGCAGCGCGGGUUCGUCACCAGCCGCGGGAAGGUCCUCUGGGCCAGGCGUCUGCCUGCUCCUCGGGCUGCAGGGGCUGCGGGCUGCCCCGCACUUCGGUGAAGGCUUCCCCCGCAGAGCGCCCAGCCCGCCUCUGCCCCCGCUUCUGGUGAUCAGAGCUGCCACUUCCCUGGUGCUGACCGGCCUCCACCGGGAGUUCUCUGUCCUCAGGGAGACUUCCCGAAUGCCGAGGCCUCACCUUCAAUGCGAGACCUUCUGUUUCUGCCCGUGGAGACUGAAAUCAGGCAUCCCCAGGUGUUCCUGAAGCGCAGGGCGUUUGAAACCAGCCACGUGGAUCAAUUACAGAACUUCCGGGAGGAGGCGCCCCCCCGCCCCGGGGACCCAGGGCCGCGUGUGAGCGUCGUGCACACCCCGUGCGCUCUGGCUCCCACCGAUGACCUUCAGGGGCAGUGGGCAUCCGGUUCCCAAACCUGAGCUGACCCACCUGCUGGAGCGUGGGCAGCAGCUGUGGCCAGUGAGGAGGGACCUCCUCGCCCGAAGCACCUCCCCAGGUGACAGAGCACAACUUGGGACCAGAGACUUGCAGGUUUUGUCUGAGGGAGGCUUGCUGCCCGGGAGCCUGGAGCCAGGAUCUGCAGGGGGCUCCUGUUUGGGGCAGGCUGGGGAUCAGGAAGGGCUUGUGGAGGUGCAGAAGGGGGAGCCGAGGCCUGGGACAGACGUCCGCAAGGAGGCCUCCCCUGGGGAAGUGAGGCCCGAGGACGGCAGCUCAGGGGCAGGUGACUGUCUGUACUCCAGGGUAUCACAGGACAGAGUCUCACAGGGAAGCGACCUCCGGGAAUGUGACCCAGGAGGACAGGGAAAAGGCACCGGGAUUCAUGGCGCGAGCAACGUCUACAAGUGCAGGCAGUGUGGGCGAGGCUUUACCAGGAAGUGGUACCUUGCCCGGCACCAGCGGGUGCACACCGGAAUGAAGCCUUACGCGUGCGAUGUGUGUGGGAAAGCCUUCAGCCAGAGCUCCACGCUCACGCGGCACUGCCUCAUCCACUCGGGGAACAAGCCCUACCGGUGCCCUGAGUGCGGGAAGGCCUUCAGGCGCAGGUCCUACCUGGCCCAGCAUGAGCCAGUUCACACCGGGGAGAAGCCCUAUGCGUGCGGCCAUUGCGGCAAGGCCUUCAGCCACCGCUCCACGUUCAUCCGGCAUAACAGGACCCACAGCGGAGAAAAGCCCUUUGAGUGCGCACAGUGUGGGAAGUCGUUCGGUGACCGAGCGCAUCUGCUGCAGCACUCCGUCACCCACACGGGGGAGAAGCCCUGCGAGUGCAGCCAGUGCGGCAAGGCCUUCCGGUGCAGCUCCGAACUGGCGCAGCACCAGCGCACGCACACCGGGGAGCGGCCCUACACGUGCGGCCAGUGCGGCAAGGCCUUCCACCGGAGCACCUAUCUCACGCAGCAUGCUGUCGUCCACACGGCUGAGGCGCCGCACCAGUGCCCAGCGUGCGGGAAGGCCUUCAAGCGCCGAUCCCACCUCCUUCAGCACCAGCGGGUCCACCCCUGAGCGAGCCGUGAGCGUGGAGGGCCUCGCCUGCUCUUCCCACAGUGAGGGGAGACCUGGUCAGUGCAAGAAAGCUGCAGAGCUUCAUCACUGGCUCUUAGAACACAAAUCAUCCUGUCGGAGAGAAGCUUCUUCCCAGCCCCGGCUUCCCAUCGCAGGGCUCAUCCUGGGACGUGCGGAAGGCGCGUCCCCAGUGGGCCCACCUCAUGCACGUCACAGAGCCUUUGGGGAAGCAACUCAGAGUGCAGCGACUCAGAACAGUCCUCGGCCAGAAGGAAGACCUUACCUGCCACCCAUGUAUCCAUAACGAGGAGGAACUGCAUAAUUGUCACUGCUGAGACCUGUGACAGAUCACCACCUCUGUCACCUAAGGAAUCAUUGUAGUUGGACCAACUCAGGUCUUACUGUACCUGUGAGAAGGUGCGCAAGAGACAGUGACUCCUGCUUCCUGGUGAAAGCCUUCAGCCACAGGGCUCCCGCUUGCUUUACACUCAGAAAGGCACCUCAGCCUUAUUUUCAAGAGAAAAGUGGAGGAGGAGGAAGGGAUGGAGAUAGGACUAUAAAUGGGAAAAAAAAUGCCUGCACAACCUCAGGUUUUCGUGCCACAUGGAUUAUUUUCUAGUGGGGAGAUGUCUGACAGGUAAGUGGCUCUCAGCCCUCUGUUCAUUUGUUUACGUGUUCCCUGAUGUCCUGUGUUGGGGAACUUGGGCAGUGAGGGCAGCCCAAUGAACACUGUUGGAAGCCUUUGUCCCAAACAUGUCCACCCGUAAGGAGCGUAGUCUGUGAGAAAUGUGAGGCGUGACAGGGGAUACGUGGACUUACAGGGAAUCAGAAUACUGAAAAUGACAUCACGUGACACUCACCUUCCAUAGCUAAGGAGAGAAGGCCCACAGGGAGGUAGCCUCAUUGGAGAUGUACUCGCCUUAACACUUAAAUUUUUAUACUCUGUUCACGUGGUUUUAAAUACCCAAUGUUCGUUCUUAAUUCCAUUCUACUUGUUCUAUUUUCCCGUGGCAGUAUGGUGAUCACCUUGUAUGUGCAGGGCCCCCUCAGGUGGGUCCCGCCUCUUUCCUCUGACUGGAGUUUCUCGGGUUCUUUAAUCCUGUGCAGAGGACUCCCCUCAGCAGUUGUCAAGGCAUUGAAUCAUAGUCGAAACCAGGAAAACUACAUGCACAGCUGAAGUAAAUGCAUGAUAAACUACGAAAGACAAAUGUGGAACAGGAUUCACAUUGUCUGAUCUUAUAAAUGGUUGUGUGAAGUUGUGUUACAAAUAAAGAAUCUGUAUAUUUA